AUGUCGGUGAGUCUAGAUAGAAACUCCUACGGUCCUGAACCGGAACUGAUCCCAUGUUUUCAGUUAUCCGUCUGGCUGGUCCUCAAGAACAUGCUCUCUCCGAUCGUGAACGUGAUCGACCCGACGCCCGCGCCAUCCCCUCUUCCUGCCCGGAAUCUGACAGGCCCGUCUGGACAACCUCCUCCGUCGGCCACCACUUUCGAGAGCCGCGACGGAACAUUCAUCGCCGUCCUUCUCGUCAUCCUCUUUCUGAUUCUGUGCUGCUGCGGAGUCGCCGUUUGGUUGUUGUGGUUCCGGAAAAAGAAGGAGCAGAAAGAAGGGGAAGGGGAGGGGAAAACGGUAGAAAACGGGACAGGAACCACCGGGACCACUGCUGGGGGAGCGACGGAGACCGCCACGGAGACUGGCACUGUCCAGAGGAGUGCUAUCGUUGCUUGA